GCUAACUGCAAUUAAUCGUUUUAGAUUUCCGCACGAUAUUCAGCUUUUCAAAUCAGAUUUAAUCAAACAUUUAUGCAGAGAUGAAGUUCGCAAUUUUUUUCCUUCUAUUUUGUUUCUCCACACAGGCACUGGCCAGACCAGUACCAGACGAUCUUUUUCAAGAAUUUUUAGAAAGUAUAAAGAGUCGUUUUAAUAAGGCACUAAAUCAAGUACAGGAAUUGGCGAAUCGUGCCCUAGAAUCAAUUAAGGGAUCACUAUUAAAUAGUUUCGAUGUUGCACAAAAUGCGACAAAAGAGGGACUCGAAUAUGGCAAGGGUUUAGCUAAAGCUGGUGAAGCUUCAGCAAAGAAGUUUAUUGACAAUACUAAUACAAUGUUUGGAUCUGAGAAUAAUUCCACGGAACAAGUUCCUUUGAUGAAUGCAUUUUUGAAUGAAAUUCAUUCCAUGGACUUAACACCACCUGAAGAGCAAUAUUCUAGAGGAACGUACUAACUAAACAAUAGUAUUUACUUUUAGGUGACUUAUAAAAAUAAAAAAUAGAAAGGUUUUUUAAAAUUUUACCCUGUUGUGUAAAUACUUUCUUUUAAUUAUAGCUUAAGAUGUUAUGUACUUGAAGAAAU